CACCACUACCAUGAAUUCAGAGGCAGUUGUCGUCCCGUCUCUGGGAACAACGAUUGGUGCUACAUAUGUCGGUGCCAUGCUCUCGUCAUUAUUAUUUGGAAUUACGGUCCUGCAGGUCUUCAUCUAUUACAGAGAUUAUCCGAAUGACUGCCGACUUUAUCGCUAUUCUGUCGGUAUAAUCUGGGUUCUCGACGCGCUACACCUCAGCCUCAUCAUACACGUUAUAUACCACUAUACUGUAGAUUCGUUCGGCGAUUAUGUUGCGCUGGAGAACGUUGUGUGGAGCUUCAAAGUACCCAAUUCUCAUCUUCGUGACGUACUCCUGGCUGACUUUGAUCCUCGAUUGUUUCCACAAGCUUCAAAAUCUAAUCAACCCUGUACGCAAUACGACUGUGGAAGUUCGGGCACCAUUUCCAUCGGUUCCUUCCUUGGACUGUCAUAUUCGUGGUCGCAUGCGGAUUUGUGGGCAUAUACACCGAACAAUAUGCUAAGGGGCGCGCCCAGUGGUCAUUUACAAAACGUUCAGUCUCAUGCGGUCGCCGCCAGAUACACAAUCACAACGUUCACUGAUUUGGCCUCGAUGGACUGGGCUAUUGAUGCUUCCUUCGCCACAUCUACCGGGAUAGACUUCUUCAUCUCCUUUGCUACGUGUUAUUACCUUCACAAGAGCCGUGCGUGCUCGACCAUUGCACUCGUCACCGGACAGGUCUCAUGGUCCAUUCAGUACAUCGCCCUCCCUAAUACCCUCGUCUUUCUCGGAGUCGACUUUCUCCUUGCAAAGCUUUACGUCAACUCUCUGUUAUCGAUGCUGAAUGCUCGGAAACGGAUCCAAGGAACAAACACCGGAAGUGGUGCCGCUUUGUCAGAACCCACUUCAUUCUCCAAUGUCAUUCACCUUACGCCCACCGCCGGCGGUGCUAGCGCGGGGGAUGUAAAGGAUGGGUUCAGCAUACCUCCUUCUGAGAUCCACGGUAGCGUACCUACGCAAAAUAAUACAGACUCGGCUCACGUCGUUGAGGAUAAGCGGUCGAGAGUCGAGUUUGCCAUGGCGUAAAAGGAGGGUGGGUGUAUGGUAAUGGAACAAAAGAGAGAUCUUUAUUGGGUAAAUUACCAUGUAUUUAUAGCAGGUCCGAUAAGUGGACCGCGUAUCGACCAUGAUGGUAUCAGUGAUCAUCCGGA